AUGGAUAAGAUGGAAAAGAUUAACGUGGAAGAACGGACGCAUACCGGAAGAAGUUUGAGGAAGAACAAGAGAAGAUGCGGCGGCAACAGCUGGAGGACGAACUCGGGCGAAGAUCAAUGCGGCGAAUCAAAGGCGAGCGAACAGGCCGCACGAGAGAAGCAGCCCAAUCCGUCGAGUUCGACUGUACCGACAGCCAGCCUCAAUGACGACGAAGCACAGCUGAUACGCCAGUCGCUCAUUAUUCAAAUCGAUACGCUGACGAGCGAUCCGGCGGCCAUGCAACAAGACCUAUUUGAUGCGCUGUUACGGGAAAAGUUAAGACUGCAAAAGGGUUUUGCUCCGGCACCAUACAUAAAGAAAGCAGUCGAAGAACGUAUGGAGGAGCUGCGUAAAUCCCGCCAGACCGAGAGCAAUGUUUUACAGGCGCUCAGAGGCUUUCGACGAGAUGAUGUGUUUACACGACCCCGUUCGCCUCCGCAGAGAGAAAGGUCACGCGGACAUUCACGAGAACAUGAGCGGACUUCUGAAAGACGAAGUGAAAGGUCACGUGAACAUUCCCGGGAAAGGACACGGGACUACCGAAGCGAAAGGUCACGCGAGCGUUCUCGCGACAGAGACUACCGUGGCGGAAGAGGAUGGGUGCGCCAUGGAAAUGAGAUAACGGAGACAAGCAUCCAACGAAAAAUCGACACGGCAAAGAUUCUAGCAGCGACUAGAGGACGUGAAGAACAACGGCGUGCGGAGUCAUUCCGCACAGAACCUGAAAAGGAAGGUCAUCAGGUGCCGUUAGGAGUCGGAUUCCGUAAUCGCAAUGUUAGAAUGUCAACACCCGAAAGGUCAUGGGACAAAAGACGCGAACACACGCGGAAUCGAACGCCAGACCCACAGGACAAACGAUGGCAGGAAAGAGCCAGAUAUUAUGCGGGGUUUGAAUCUGGCGCCAGUAAAAGGUCAUCGAGUGCAGAAAGGGAAGACUCACCCCCGAAAUAUCAGCGAAUGGAGUCAAUAGUCCAUGUAGUGAAUCCCAUCGUGAGUGCGGUACAGGAAGAUGACACGAUGGAAGGGCCCGGCUCAGUCGCAGAAGCGCCUGCGGCGCAAGAAGAUGACAUGAUGGAAGAGCUCGGUUCAGUCGCAGAAGCGUCCCAAGAUAACGUGAUACACCGAAGAAAUGUGGUCCUUGACAGUGACCCCCAACCAUCCACAUCGAAAGGUACUGAACCGCUGCAGAGCGGACGACGCGAACAAGAAAGUCGGCGCGAGCCGGAUGAACGCGGUCGGCGAACGAAUUCCCGAUUCAAUAACCGACACCCCGACACAAUCGACAUGGUAUACGAUAUGCGCGACACCGAUGAACAAAAGACGGAAAUCUGCCGAUACAUGGGGAUUGAAGACGAUUCGGCGGAUGCGAAUAAGAUUCACACAAUUCUGAAUCAGCUGCGUCAAUUUUUAUUCGAUUCGGGCUAUGCGAAAGAAAUUAAAGAGGGAGUGGAACAAGGAAUUUUCCGUCAGUUAUACAUUCCCCGCGACUCAGCAAGGGAUUGUUACCUCCCUAUCCGACGAAACGGAUUACAUAGCCUUUUGGAUCUGAAUUUGUUGGACGUGCCACUGGAUACGACCGAUCCAAUCGGGAUGACACAGUUUUAUUAUAGAGACUAUCCCGAACGACAGGAAUAUGUGGCUCAGUUCGUGUUACGACAUGUGAAUCCAGCCUUUAAGUUGCUCGCAGCAAGAGCAUCGAUAGGAUUACAAGUAGAUCCUAAAGACCAUGCCGCAAGAAGGAUGGGGCAGAAGGUCUUCGCUGCGAGAUUGGCACAUUAUAAGACACAGAACCAGUUGGUGUCUAACACUAUGAAGGACGAUAUCCCAUUGCUCUUUCGACCUCAUGUGGCGAAACUGGGUGAACCCAUGGAACAUGUCGGAAUAGCCCAUACAGCAAGAAAGGCGCUUAAAAAGUGUAAGAUACGAAUGGAAAAGGGCAAUCUUACACAACGCCAUGCCUCCCAGGUUGAAGAGAGGAUUAAUAAGAUCAAAGACACCAUGGGAAGUGACUACGUCGAACCCUUUGACGGAAUUGAAAUGUACAUCGACGAGUUCCUGGUGAAGAAAAGUGAUCGACGCCCAGAACGCGCCCCUAACCAGAUAGGACGACGCGGCUUAAGAAACCAGCAACUCCGCGAUAACCUCGCUGACGUGCAACGAAGAUUGGCGGAUGACCCUAACAACCGGAGACUCCGGUUGGAAGAGAAUGACGCACGCCAUCGGGUAGAGGCGGUUAAACGCAGUCGCCAAGGGAAAGGUCGCGGUCAGCGAGAAGUUGACCCGGAAAAGGUCAUGGCAGUUGAUUCCACGGAACCAGUUGACCGAACGUCUGACCGUAACCAACCAGAAAGUUCUAAGAAGCGCCCGCCAAGAGAUGGCGAGGACGAUUCAAAUGAAAUGGAAUAGUGUUGAUCGUUAGGAUCACACUAUUAAAAGGGCGUCUACGGCAAUUGUCGGUACGUCACAAGAAUGAGAAAUGGUGUUGUAUAAAGGCGACGUGACAUAUUAACAUUAACUGCAUUUGUGUAUUUGUUGUUUUCAGCGUUUAUAGCACAGAACCGCAAAAGGAUAAAGAAAUCAUGUGGAGCAGCGAUUGGGGUUGAAAUUGAUUCGGUCUAUAAAGCCGGCCCCAAGGGAGUUGCUACGGCAAUCAGCCGGCUCUCCUCCUGAAGCGAUUCAGUGUUAUAAAUUUGCAAGAGAAACUACGGUAAUCAAGCCGGAUCUCUUGAAUACGAAAGUGGGCCACAAGCGGCGAAAAAGAGAAAGACAACAGGUGGAAAUUUUAUUGGGGUAAACUUGAUGCGGCCGUCAGCCGGCCUCAUUAGAGUUGCUACGGUAAACUAUGCCGGCAAUCUCUCCAAGCGAAUCAGUGUUAUAAGUCAACGAGAGAAAUAGCGGUAACCAAGCCGGAUCUCUCGUACGGAAGCUGGGCCACAAGCGGCGAACAAGAGUAAAAGAUUUAAUGUGGAAGCGUCAUGGGGUAAAUUUAAUGCGGUAGUUAGCCGGCCCCAUCAGAGAUGUUACGGUAAACUCUGCCGGCACUCUGGCCGCUCGAGACAUAUUGAAGUUGGAUGUGCGACGGAGAGGUCAACUUAAAAGUUUUACCAGGGAGGCAAGCGAAGAAAUGCUUGAAAGUCGGCAAAAAUCGGCUAAGUUCCUCCAUGACCUUUAAUGGAAGUUGAAGAGAAGUUGGAUGACCUUUGGGAUCAUUACCGCCCAAGAGAGUCACCGUAUUAGAAUUCAAAACGCAUGACCUUUUGGGACCAUUAACCCAAAUGAGUCGCACAUCUCAACGGAUCAUCUCGACAAAGGAUGACCUUUAUCAGGGAGGAAGCGAACUACGCUUGUCAACAUGACGUCCCUCCAUGACCUUUAUUGGAUCUCAUUUUCAAGUCGUACGAUGAUACGCACCUUAUUCCAAAGAUGAAGCAGUAUUCCUAAAGUCGUACAUUGAUACGCACCAGAUUCUCAAGCGGAUUGUGAUGAAAGUCGCACUAUGGAUGCGCGGAAUUGCUCAAGCGAGCGGAAUGGGCCAAAGUGCGGAAAACGGUGGACAGGACCUGUGACCUUUACGAGUCAGAAAUGGAGGAUCCUAGUCUACAUUUGAUUAAUAAUUUUGUUGAUCUUAUAACUGUUGAUCUGUUUUUGUAUUAGAAUUGAUAUGGAAUAGUAUUUUGAUACAGAUCUCUUUAUUUUCACAUAGUGCAUCUGGAAUUGAUGUGAUAAAUGGAAUAAGAGAAUUUGAUGUUUUUGAGCACGCACAGACACCGGCAACCGUCUUUUCGUGGAUUCGGGAGUGUGUCCAGCCUCAACGGAGCUCGGCAUCCCCCCAGAGGCAUGUGAGACGAGGCUCACUAGCGUUCACGUCCGUGGCGCUAGGCGCUACGCCUUUGGAUUACGGUCUGUGACGUGUCUCGCUUUGAUUGGCUUGAGUUGUGUUAGUGGGCGCGGCAUAGCACGUGCUGCACAGUUUUGCACAGUGUGGAAUUGGCUCCACGUUUUACGAUCGAGCUGCGCCGAUCACUUGUUGGUUUCUGGUCUCCAGACUUUCAAUAUUAUUAAAAGUCAGCUAUUAGCGGUGCGACGUUUCGCGAUUCCGCGUAGUUCGCUAUACUUAUCGCAUAGCUCACUCCACGGGAUAGAUUCCGUUUCUGUCUCCGUAUCUGGAUCACAGUUGGAUCUAGCAUUAGACUGUGUUCGACUGUGUUACUACAUGCGGCAUAUUACGCGCCAAAAACGAUCAGAAAAGCCGGCAACGAUUUCAGCCACUAAAAACAGCGCUGUACAGAUAAUCAUUGGGUCCUUGGUUACACGCAGCCGCACCAAUUCCCAUUUACUACCAGCGGCAGGCGUAUUUAUUGUGCGCAUUGGCCGUUCAGUAGUAGUAUACCAUUUCGCCGGCAUCCGCUGUUGCUGGCAGCUCCUCAGGAAUCAACAGCCGCUUUGCUUGGGGAAUCUGGGAUUGACUGGGAUAGAACAUUCACACUUCGAAUGCCGACGUCCACCGGCCGACUCAAGUGGCC